CAGAGGCCUGGCACCAGCAGCUUGUGGACAAGCAUUCCACAGGGGGUGUAGGCGACAAGGUCAGCCUGGUCCUCGCACCUGCCCUGGCGGCGUGUGGCUGCAAGGUGCCAAUGAUCAGCGGACGUGGUCUGGGGCACACAGGAGGCACCUUGGAUAAGCUGGAGUCUAUUCCUGGAUUCAAUGUCACCCAGAGCCCAGAGCAGAUGCAAGCGCUGCUGGAGCAGGCGGGCUGCUGUAUCGUGGGUCAGAGUGAGCAGCUGGUCCCUGCAGACGGAAUCCUAUAUGCAGCCAGAGAUGUGACAGCCACCGUGGACAGCCUGCCACUCAUCACAGCCUCCAUCCUCAGUAAGAAGCUCGUGGAGGGGCUGUCUGCUCUGGUGAUCGACGUUAAGUUCGGAGAGGCCGCCGUCUUCCCCAAUCAGGAGCAGGCCCGGGAGCUGGCAAGGACGCUGGUUGGUGUGGGAGCCAGCCUAGGGCUUCGGGUCGCGGCAGCGCUGACCGCCAUGGACAAGCCCCUGGGCCGCUGCGUGGGCAACGCCCUGGAGGUGGAGGAGGCGCUGCUCUGCAUGGACGGCGCAGGCCCGCCAGACUUAAGGGACCUGGUCACCACGCUGGGUGAGGGGGACGGGGCGCAGGGGAGCGGCGGAGGGGGGUGCUUCCCGCCGGGGACGCCCUGGCCGGGCCGCGCCUAA